AUGACUCUGCCCCACAGUCCUGGAAAUGCUGGGGAACCCCAAGCCUCCCAGGCCGUGCAGGUCCACAGACUGGAACACAGGCAGGAGGAGGAACAGAGAGAGGAGCGGCAGCACAGCCUGCACAUGGGUUCUUCUGUGCAGAGGCGGACCUACCGCAGCAGUGAGGAGGAACAGCAGUUCAGCUCCGAAGACUAUGCCCUAGCUGCUGCCCUGGCCCUGACGGCCUCCUCGGAGUUGUCCUGGGAAGCCAAGCUGAGGCGCCAGACCACCACAGUGGAGCUAGAGGAGCGUGGACAGAAGCGGGUGGGCUUCGGCAAUGACUUGGAGCGGAUGGAGACAGCCUUCCUCCGGACCCAGAGGCUGCUGCGCCAGAGACAAGACUGGAAGGCUCUGCGUCAACGGACAGAGGAGAAGGUCCGGGAGGCCAAGGAGCUGAUUGAACUGUGCUCUGGCCGGGGCCCUUGGUUCUGGAUCCCGCUUCGUUCUCAUGCCGUCUGGGAGCACACCACUGUCCUGCUGACCUGCACCAUCCAGGGUUCGCCUCCGUUCCAGGUCACCUGGUACAAGAAUGACAUCCGGAUCGAUCCCCGCCUCUUUCCACCUGGAAAGUACCGAAUCACCAACAACUAUGGGCUGCUGACCCUGGAAAUCAGGAGAUGUGUGGUUGAAGACUCCGGCACCUACACUGUGCUGGUGAAGAAUGCCUACGGUCAGGCCUCUUCCUUCGCCAAAGUCCUCAUCCGCUCUUACCUUGAGAAAGAUGCUGGCUUCGAUUCAGAGAUCUUUAAACGGUCUAUGUUCGGCCCCAGCGUGGAGUUUACAUCGGUGUUGAAGCCCAUCUUUGCCCGAGAGAAAGAACCCUUCUCCCUGACCUGUUUGUUCUCAGACGAUGUGUUAGAAGCUGAGCAGAGAAUCCAGUGGUUCAGAGACGGCAGGCUCCUGGGAUCUUCAACACGAAGGCAGAUACUCUAUGCAGACCGCCAGGCAUUCGUGAAGGUUUCCUGCGCCUACAAGGAGGAUGAGGGGCUCUACACAGUCCGAGUCUCCUCCCCCUUUGGGCCGCAGGAGCAGAGUGCUUACGUCUUUAUAAGAGAUGCUGCAGCUGAGAAGCCAGGAGCACCAGGCUCCCCGCUAAAUGUCCGGUGCCUGAAUGUGCAUAGAGACUGCCUGACCCUGACCUGGGCCCCACCCAGUGACACCCGGGGUAGCAUCAUCACUGACUACUCCAUCGAGCUGUGCAAGGGUGAUUCAGAGGAGUGGGUGCCCUGCCAUAAGGCCCCUGGGGGAACCUGCCGGUGCCCGAUCCAAGGCCUCACUGAAGGGCAGAGCUAUCGAUUCCGUGUGCGCGCCAUCUGCAAGGCCGGCAGCAGUCUCCCUUCCAAGGCUUCAGAAGCAGUUGUCAUGGGUGACCAUGAUGCAAUCCAGAGGAAGAGAGAGAUUCCCUUUGACCUGGGCAGCAAGUUCACCAUCAGCAAGAGUGAUUUCGAAGAUGCUGUGACCAUUCCCUCAGCCCCAACCAAUGUCCACGCCAGCGAGAUCAGAGAGGCCUACGCAGUUCUGAGCUGGGAGGAGCCACGUCCCCGCGGCAGAGCCCCACUGACUUACUCUCUGGAAAAGUCCAUCCUAGGGAGUGGAACCUGGGAGGCCAUCAGCUCAGAGACGCCCAUCAAGUCCCCGAGAUUCGCCCUCCUGGACUUGGAGAAGGGGAAAUCGUAUGUCUUCAGAGUGCGAGCCUUGAACCAGUAUGGCAUGAGCGAUCCCUCGGAACCCAGCGAGCCCAUUGCCCUGAAGGGCAAGCCAGCGACCCUCCCUCCUCCAGCUCAAGUCCAAGCUUUCAGAGACACGCAGACCUCUGUCUCUCUUACCUGGGAGCCUGUGGAGGGCGGCACGGAACUCCUGGGUUAUUACAUCUACUCCCGGGAAGCAGGGGCAUCAGAGUGGCAAACAGUGAACAACAAGCCCAUCCUGGACACCAAGUUCUCGGUUCCGGGGCUGAGGACUGGAAAGGAGUAUGAAUUUUGCAUCAGGUCGGUCAGCGAGGCUGGGGUUGGCGAGAGUUCGGCUGUGACACAACCCAUCAGGGUCAAGCAGGCUCUAGCUACCCCCUCGGCCCCGUAUGACUUUGCGCUCCUAUCCUGCGGGAAGAAUGAAAUGGUCAUUGGCUGGAAACCCCCUAAGCGGCGGGGAGGUGGCAAGAUCUUGGGCUACUUCGUGGACCAGCAUGAUUCGGAGGAGUCAGACUGGCACCCGGUCAACCAUCAGCCCAUCCCAAGCCGGGUGUGCAAGGUCACCAACCUUCACGAAGGCCAUUUCUAUGAGUUCCGAGCCCGGGCAGUGAACUGGGCAGGUGUUGGUGAACUGUCGGCCCCCAGCAGCCUAUUUGAGUGCAAAGAGUGGACGAUGCCUGAGCCAGGCCCACCAUAUGAUGUGAGGGUGUCUGAGGUGAAGGCCACUUCCGUGAUGCUGCAGUGGGAACCCCCACUGUAUAUAGGAGCCGGGCCAGUCACAGGCUACCGAGUCAGCUUCCAGGAGAAAGGCUCUGAGGAGUGGAAGCCUGUCACCCCAGACGUCACCUCCAGCACCCAUCUCAGGGUGUCUGACUUGCAGUCAGGAAAGCAAUACAUGUUCCGGAUCCAGGCCAUGAACUCAGCUGGUCUAGGACAACCAUCGGUUCCCACUGACCCUGUGCUCCUGGAAGACAAGCCAGAUGCACGGGAGAUCCAAGUCGGUGUGGACGAAGAGGGCCGUAUCUACUUGGCUUUCGAAGCCCCCGAAGCCCCUGACUUCUCUGAGUUUCAGUGGUCAAAGGAUUACAAGGGUCCACCUGACCCACAGAGGGUGGAGGUGGAGGAUGAAAUUAACAAGUCCAAGGUCAUCUUGAAAGAACCUGACCUUCAAGACUUAGGUGUCUACUCAGUGGUGGUCCCCGAUGCCGAUGAAGACACCUCGGCAAGCCACACACUGACAGAGGAAGAGUUGAACAAGCUGAAGAAGUUGAGUCAUGAGAUCAGAAACCCAGUCGUCAAGCUGAUCUCCGGCUGGAAUGUAGACAUCCUCGAGCAAGGCGAGGUGCGGCUCUGGCUGGAGGUGGAGAAGCUGUCACCGGCCGCGGAGUUGCACCUCAUCUUCAAUGAGAAAGAGAUCUUCAGCUCACCGAACCGCAAGAUCAAUUUUGUCCGAGAGAAGGGCCUGGUGGAGGUGAUCAUCCAGCAACUGUCAGAGGAUGACAAGGGGUCGUACACGGCCCAGCUCCAAGAUGGAAAAGCCAAGAACCAGAUCACGCUCGCCCUGGUGGAUGACGAGUUUGACAAGCUGCUAAGGAAGGCAGACGCAACGAGAAGAGACUGGAAGCGAAAGCAGGGUCCCUAUUUCCAGGAGCCUUUGAAGUGGAAAGUCACUGAGGACUGCCAAGUGCUUCUGACGUGCAAGGUGACCAACACCAAGAAGGAGACUCGUUUUCAGUGGUUCUUCCAGAAAAAAGAGGCCCCCAGUGGGCAGUACGACCCGCAGACGGGAGCCGGACUUCUCUGCAUUGAAGCGUUUUCCAAAGAAGACCAGGGACUCUACAGAGCAGUGGUGUCUGAUGACAGAGGGGAAGAUGACACCAUCCUGGACCUCACGGGUGAAGGCCUGGAUGCUCUCCUCACUGAGCUGGGCAGGAUUGGUGCUCUCUCGGCAACCCCACUGAAAAUCCAGGGGACUGAAGAGGGGAUCCGGCUCUUCAGCAAGGUCAAAUACUACCAUAUGGCGUACAUGAAGACCGCUUGGUUCCACAAGGAUAAGCGUCUGGAGAGUGGUGACCGAGUGCGGGCGGGCACCACCCUGGAUGAGAUCUGGCUCCACAUCCUGGACCCCAAGGACUCAGACAAGGGCAAAUACACCCUGGAGAUAACUGCCGGGAAGGAAACCCGGCAGCUCUCAGCAGAUCUGUCUGGGCAAGCUUUUGACGACGCCCUGGCAGAGCACCAGAGACUGAAGGCCUUGGCUGUCAUUGAGAAAAAUCGGGCCAAGGUGGUGAGGGGCCUGCCAGAUGUGGCCACCAUCAUGGAAGAUAAGACCCUGUGCCUGACCUGCGUCAUCUCAGGAGACCCAUCCCCUGAAAUCUCUUGGCUAAAGAAUGACCAGCCUGUCUCCUUCCUUGACCGGUACCGCAUGGAGGUGAAGGGUACUGAGGUUACCAUCACCAUUGAAAAGGUCACCAGUGAAGACAGUGGGCGCUAUGGAAUCUUUGUCAAGAACAAGUAUGGCUCAGAAACAGGCCAGGUCACCAUCAGCGUGUUCAAACACGGGGAAGAGCCCAAGGAGCUGAAGAAGAUGUAA